CCUCACAAACAGAUUCCUCUGCUUCACCCAACACAAGACACUGCUACCUUGUCUCUCGCCGGUCGAGAGCACUUCUCCUCGUUCCUUUGCUACAAUACUCUCUACUAGUUACUAGUAUCUUACCCGUUCCUUACUCUCUUCGCUCUGGUCGGAUAGCCUUGGCCUGCAUCUCUUAAAAUGCCACGCCACACUCAGGAUCCUCCCCCGGUUGCCAAAGGAUUCAUGAAUCGACACGAUGAAAAGAACCACUCGACGUAGAUCCGUCGAACUUCAUCUAACUCCAGGCCGACAUGGAAGAAGCUAUACAACCUCGGUAUGAAGUGUUACGAUUGGCUCAUGCAAGUUCCUCACGUGAAGGCAUAUUGCCGGACGUCCGAGGGGAAUUGUUUGGUCGCCGUCGGAUGCUACGAAAUGGGUGGCGACGGUCACAGCAGCUGGUUUAUCUUCUGCGGCACUAUCCCUAGAGGAGACCUCCGUGCCUAUGUGGAGGACCACGGCGGACAUGCCGCGAAACAUUGGUACCACGCCGCAACCAGGGACACCAGUGGCCAACCUGUUGCCAAACUCAAACUUCACGCCGAAGACACUGUUCUAGCACUCAUGAACGAAGUUAUGAGGACACUAACCGUGAAAGGAGAUGCUGAAGGGAUCCGGCUGCUUGUUGUUGGAUCCUUGUAUCACGGUCGGCCAGGGCUAGUCUAUCUCUGCAACGGUGGGACGAAAACUCCUUCUUGCAGUAUUGUGGCGGAGCGACUCGGAGUUAAAGUCAUUAAAUCUGGCCAAACAGUUGAGUUCUUUGACUCUCAGGACCGCCUCCCUAGAUACGGAAGGGGUGGCAGAGGCGGUCGCGGCGGCAACGGACAGGAGAGCGGCAACGGCAACGGACAGGGCAGUGUCAGUGGAUCAGCCGGCACUGGCGGCGGACAUACGGACCGGGGGCCACACGGAGGCUCUAAUGCUGUCUGCUCUUCCAAUUCUGGUGGCGCGUCAUACACCUACCGUGUCUCGCGCUCGGAUCAUGGCGGCAACUACACCCAGACCACUGCUGAUGAUAUCGCUGUUGGCAUGUCUGGACUCAGCAUAGGCGCUGACAGCACGCCGAGGAGCGCACGAUAGCAAGACAAGCCAUCUGGUGGGGCGUGGCUCAAGCGGUCGAAAAACGAUUCUCGGAUGACAACUCGGCGCUGAUAAGUGUGGUGGGUGGAUGCUGAGGUUACGGUUUGUCAUGUGGCGGGAAGACCACAGCUAUAUUCUGGUACUACGUGAAAUGUGAAUGGGGCUGACUGGGACACCCUUUGAUUGUUAACGUUGAGGAGGCUUUGGGGAACGGCGCACGGGACGAAGACUUUUGAAUUUCGAGCUGGAAUAUCCCUCUAUACCUUGCGGAUGCAGCUGGCUCUCAUUUGAACUGGUUCUCUGGAGAAUUUCUGAAGCGUAUAUCAGCAAGUGAAAGGGGUACUAACUACGUGGACAACGCACCUUGGGUUGAGUGGAUCAUCUUGUGACUCCAAUCCUACUAUCCCAUUAUCCAAAUCCAUUAACGGAUAUACUUCUGCCGUGAGUUUCGUCUUCUGACUACCUUUUCUCUAUAAAUGUUUUUCC